AUGACUGCCCCCUCUGCAUCCGCUCGCAAGGCGCUGAGCAAGAUCGCGUGCAAUCGGCUGCAGAAAGAGUUGGUCGAGUGGCAGGUGAACCCGCCGGCGGGUUUCAAGCACAAAGUCACUGAUAAUCUUCAAAGAUGGGUGAUUGAGGUCAACGGUGCCCCAGGUACCCUUUACGCAGGGGAGACUUACCAGCUUCAGGUCGAUUUUCCGGAGCAUUACCCAAUGGAGGCACCGCAGGUUAUAUUUGUUCCUCCAGCUCCUCCACAUCCUCACAUUUAUAGUAAUGGCCAUAUAUAUAUUCUAUACGACUCUUGGUCCCCAGCUAUGACUGUUAGUUCGAUUUGCAUCAGCAUCCUAUCUAUGUUGUCAAGCUCCCCAGUUAAGCAACGGCCAGCUGACAACGACCGUUAUGUGAAGAACUGUAAGAACGGGCGAUCUCCCAAGGAAACGAGAUGGUGGUUCCAUGAUGAUAAAGUAUGA